UUGCCUGUUAAAUAAGCCAAUUCGAAUUGUAAACAUUCGGGCAAAUCGUGAUAAACCCGGACUCAGACCUCAACAUUUGUCCGGUAUCCAACUCGCGCGCGACAUCUUUCAAGCAGAUCUGCAGGGAGACAAGAUUGGAUCCCAAGAGAUCUUGUUCCGUCCUGAAAAAGUUGGCAGUUCGAAAACUUAUAUAGCAGACACGAAAACGGCAGGGAGUAUUGCGUUAUUGAUACAAAUCUCUCUCCUACCUUUGGUAUUUUCCGCUCCCCCGCCCGUAUCCCAUUUAAUGCCUCCUCCUCGGGCAAAAAAGGUGGUUCUCAAAGGCGGAACCAAUGUGAACGCAGCACCGCCGAUCGAUUUCUUGAUAGAA